UCCCCCCUUUAAUUGUGCACGCCGUUGCACGUGUGUGGACGCGUGCCGCGAUAGAAACGGAGAGGAAAGAGCCGGCAGCAGAAGGCUCACUAUUAAACGCGAUUGCCCAAGUUAAUUGGCAGUCAGCGCGAACUCGUUAGCCAGCGACCGUAGGAUCUUGUUCCACGGAUCGAGCCUACGACAACGCGUCGUCGCGGAGGAGUCCUCCUGAGACUGAUGGCCGAUUCCCAUACGGCUUCGAUUUGCGUAGCUUUAGGAAGAUUUAGGACCAUUUGCAAUAAAACGGCCUAUCUUAGACACACUUGGCUUAGCUAUAUCUGCUGUCGUUUUCUACUCGAGUGAAACUCAAAGAUUGAGUGUUCCUUAAACUUGUUAGGCUGUGCACAUUAAUGGGCAUGACCUAGAGCCAUACUUUUCUCGUUUGAAAAUGAAGUACUAGAAAUCACGCCUCAGGCACUCUUACGACACUCAUAUGAAAUAUGAGCCUGGACGCCUAAUCUAUCUUGAUGACUAUACCGUUGAUUUCUAUCAGCGCAUCUCAGCUGCACUGAGAACCUAGUUUCCUUAUUAACUUCUCUCUGAGAGGCUCGCUUUUCACCUCACGAGUCCACUCGAGAAGACCAAGUCAAGAUUUAUCAGAGCUUUACUGUGUGCGAACGUCGUCGUCUCGGGUCGCCUCAUUAAAUUCCACCGUUUGCAGUUUACAUAAUAACCAAUAAGAAGCUUACCUUGGCUGUUUACUACGGCUCAGCUAGGAUCCACGGAUGUUCAAUUAAAUGGAACUAACGGUCGUUUCGUUGUGGCGCUUCUUGCCAGCCUUAAAAUUGCUUGUAAUUUUCCUACCAAUCUUAAAUGCAAUGAGCGCAAAUGAUACUUUAGUAAUCAAAUCUAAUUAGUAACAUGUAGUAAAGCAAUAGAUUCGCGAAACAUACCGUUGCCAUAAUCUGCCAUGUAAGAAGAGAAUUACGUUUCAUCUGACCGCGCUCCGUCGUGGUGUUGCGGACAAUCGAGAUCUCGUCGUCGUCUCUUACCGUUACGUGCAGUCAAGCACAUGAGUCUUGUGCCCGCACGUACAAACGCCUCAUACGCCCACACAGGCGUAUGAAAAGAAUGAAAAAAAGAAAAGAAUUUAGCGGAUACGCAAAGGAUAUGUGUGAGCCCGCUGCUUCUCCGUUGCGUAUUCGGCCUCUUUUUCGAGCUCUCCCUAUAUACAGUCAUAUACGACCGGCUACCAUAUAAGGACCUAUACACAGCCUUGUCGAUGCUGACCCACCGUUUGAACGUAUCUCUCGAAAGCCUCUCUCACGAUCCCAGGAACGUAUCGUCUCGGACCCAAAACUGAUUCAACAAGCGACCUGAAAAACCGAUUCACAGAAAAUGCAAUCAUUACGCGUGCAACACAGAUGCAUAAAGAAAAAAAGAUUGAUUUCGUCAUAAAUUGCAAAAUGUAACACGGUUCGAAAAAAAGCACGUGGGAGUUAAACGCAGAUCGAUACCGAUCGUAAGCCCACAUUAAGAAGUACAAGACUGAAUCAUGUCGAGUCCGGCGUUGAAGGACCUGCCUAAAGUAGCUCUAGAUCUGAAAAGCGAAUUGGAAGGUUUCAAUCAUGGUUGCAUGAAGAAAGCUGCUACUGCCGAAAAGAACGUUUUACCCUCCGCUGAAGACGUACGACAGGAGCGGCAGCAUUCCGAGUUGAUACAUGGCGUGGAAACUUUUAAGGCAAAUCAGUUGAAGCACGCUGACACGAAAGAGAAGAUUGUGUUGCCUAACGCCAAAGACGUUGCCGCGGAGAAAACUCAGCAGACAUUGAUCGCCGGCAUCGAAAAGUUCGAUACUGCAAGUCUGAAGCACACUGAAACGCAGGAGAAAAACCCACUACCCGAUAAAGAUGCGAUCCAACAAGAAAAGGGGAAACAACAGUUGAUCUCUGGUAUCGAAAAUUUCGAUCCAGCGAAGCUGAAGCAUGCGGAAACCCUCGAAAAAAAUCCUUUACCCACCAAAGAAGCGAUUGACGCUGAAAAGAUAGCUGCUUAGAGAAGCUGCCACACAAAAACGAAGGAAAGAAACAGGAGACGGCGCGACGCGUCGCUUUUUCCAUUUUCUAUAUCCGUGACAUUUUAUAACAAUUAUUCAUACAUGCCAAGGAAAAAAAAGCGCGAAUACGAAGCACUGUGUUAGUAGUAAUGCUAUAAGUAUACUUAUCCUAUUGCCGUUUUUUGGCAUUCUUUUGGCGAGAAGACUCUUGAUUGAAAACUCUUGAUCCAACGUUUGAAUCAGGCAGUCCAUGACGAUAUUGUUGCUUGUCCUAAUUUUGGUAUCAAGUCGUUUCGAGAGAUAAUUUGGUAAUAAUUAGAUAAUGACAAAAAAUAAGAAUGGUGAAUGUAAACCUCGGCUCUCUUGUCUCACUGUUUUUUUCUAACAUUCUUCUUGCUACAUCUACUCUUUUUGUUGCUGUAUACAUGACAAAUAUUACAUUUUACGAACAGCCGCCUAUAUAUUUAGGCUGCUUAGAGAGAGAAAGACUUAUGGCAACAAAAAGAUUAGUAAAUGUAGCGAGUUAGAAAUUUUACGAGACAGGGAUCCAACUUAUAAGCCGCGGAACACUGUUGGGAUCGUCAUCUCGCCGGAGAAUGUAGUCUUUUUACAUCGAGAGAACUGCACGCGCGAAUACAUUUGUUAUUUUCAAUAUAACAAACAAAAUUGUCAGUGAUUUGAUGCGUUACAGCAGACAUUGCGGAAGUACACAUACACACAGUGGUCAAUUUAUAUUUAUGUAUUGUAAAAAUCAUAUUUUGUAUAGACGGGCUAUUGUACUUUUUUAAUAUUUCGUAUACACUGCAUUGUCAUUUCGACGAAAUUAUUACAAGGAAUAAAAAAAGUAAUUUGUAC